UACCUCCUACAGGGUCCUUCCCUGAUAACAGCAACAGUUUUACGAGCUGAAUGUGAGAAUGUGUCUUAACUAAAAGUGUUUAAAAGAGACAACCCCUGCGUAUAAAUGUGAUAAUUGAUUAUUGUUUGACGCUGGUACAACUUUCCUGUUCUAACUUUUUUGGAAACAUGAUUCAACCUGAUUGCCUGUUUUUACAGACGCAUGCAAAAUGAGUUCUGAGGUGUGCCCAUUCUGCGGGAAAACUUACAAAAGGUUGAAGAGUCACCUGCCACAUUGCAAGGCAGCAGCAAGCUCCAAAACACCUCCAACCAAACAUGAUGUCACAGUGAAUCAGACAACACUGUCUUCUCAGUUGGCCGCUCUAUUGUCCAAACCGACAGCAAAGUCCACACAGACAUUGUCAAUAACGGCAAAUCCACUAUCAAAGAAGAGUAAAAAGAUGUCUGUGGUAUCAUCAGCACCAUCAAAUGCAUCAUCUUCGUCAGAGUCAUCAUUGCUGAGUUCUGCAUCACUUUUACCAUCAACUAAGAAGAAGAAACAGAAGCUGUCCGAUCAAAUCAAGACAGCCAACAUGCCCUCCUCCACAACCAUUUCCCUCACCUCCUCCCCAUCACUACCUCUGUCUCCCACCACCUCUAAGCCCAAAAAGCAGAGUCUCCGCGCUUUGAUAGAAGCUGCAAAAUCCAAACAGGUUUCUAAGGGAUCACUGAAGGGAAGUAGAUCUGCCUCAGAGGACCUGCCUUUAGGUUCAACUCCAUUUGUGGAGGAUCCUUUCAGCUCCAGAAUUACAGCUGGGACCAAAACUAAUCCCGACAAAGACUCGAUAAAAGAUGACGCUCAUCCUGCUUUUCAGUCCACAGACACCAAACCCAAAGCUGUCUCUAAAAUGAAGGUUUCUAAGACGAAGAAGGCUGCACAAUCCCUUUCCAAAACCAAAGAUACCUCUAGCUCUCUGGACUCUAAAGUAAAUGAAACUACUAGUGCAAGAGCCCAUGACGACUUCUUGGUGGACAACGAGUGGGAAGUCGAGGAUUUAUAUGUGAAUAAGAUGCUCUUGAAAUCAGGAAGUGGUCACCAGGCCAGGAUUACCCUCCAGGAUGUUAAAGCCACGUUAGGCCGAGCUAACGCCACCCGUCAGUCUAGCAGGCCAAGCAUCCUGAGCCAGAUUGAAACUACUGAUGAUCGAAGCAGCAAAAUCCGACUUGGUACAAGUCUCAGUCCAGUUCCACUUCCAACAGGGAAUCAAGGUAGCUGUUUGGUAACAACUAAAGCUCUGUCAGAUCAGCCGCCCUGCAACAGUUCACAACAUACAGAGCUACAGGCAGUUAAGAGACAAAGUUCAAAGUCUGAACAAGCAACUUUACUCCCCCUGCAACAGCCUGAACUAACCUCCCCUGCUGCUCCUCUCUUUUCUGGCCAUCUAUCGUCUCUGAUGAGCAAAGCCACAUCCCCUCCACAUACUGUCAGCAUGAAUGAGGGGCUGAAGGUGACAGGACUCCUUACGAUAUCACCAUCACUCACAAAGUUGUCUAGCCCUUUGCUGGCGGCGAGGGUGGAGACAUUGAGAGCUGAUGAUGGGUUGAAGUCGCAGCUCGAGGUCAGGAAACAAAACACUGCUGAUAAUGGAACUAAAGUAGGUGGUCUGACACAGCGGAGUCUUGGACAGGUGAGACUGAGGGAGUUGCCUGAGUGGCUGGCCUGCAGAACGCCCAGCCAUCCAAAAGAUGUGGUGGAAAUGGUGCAAAGAGGCUGGCAGUGGUAUUACAAGAGGUAUAUUGAUGUGAAGAAAGGUGGUGUAGGUGGAGUGGGCAUGUUGUUAGCAGGCUACUGCGUGCUCGGCUACAUCUGGAGUUACCCUCAUAUAAAGCGUGAUCGCUGGAGGAAGUACCACUAAUGUCAAGGGAAGAUGUUUGGAUAAGCGUGACUCUGUACGAGGGAACAGCAGCUUUGACAGAGGGAGGGUUCAGGACUUUAAGACAUCCAUCUCUUAAUAAUAUCUUAUUUAUCCAGAUCCAAACAUUUCCACAGGGUUUAUGUCCGAGAAAUUGAUUGAAAUUGAUUGGCGUCAAAUCAAAAGUUAAACAAUUUAGAUAAUGCACUUAUUUGUUUGAUUUAGAUGACAAGAUCCAUAUGACUGUCAUGUCUGUCCGUUAAAUAUAAAGCCUCCGCCAGCAGCUGAUUAGCUUAGCUUAGCUUAGCAUAAAGACUGGAAACAAGGGAAACAGCUAGCCUGGCUCUGUCCAAAAGAAACAAAAUUUUACCUACCUGCACCUUUUAAAGCUCACUGAUUAACCCGUUCUUAUAACUUGUUUUUCAAAUCCGUACAAUUUAAUCAGGAUACCAUGACCAGUAACUUCCUGGUUUCUCCGCUGGUUGCCUGGUCACUGCUCAGAGUCAGUAGUCCUUGACAAAUUGUCUUUUUUUUUUUACACUUCAGUUUUUGGUCCAGAUUAAACAAACGAGCCAUAAUAAAGCCAAAUUGGGUUACCCUUUGAUAGAGCCAGAGUAGCUGUUUCCCUCGGUUUCCAGUCUUUAUGCUAAGCUAAGCUAACCUGCUGCUGGCUGUAGCUUCAUAUUUAAUGGACAGUUAUGAGAGUAUGGUGUCAAUACCCAAUAUGAGUCGAGUGCAGAUGUGAGUUGCGCAUGCGUCACUUUGCGACAGCCCCACACAGGUAGGCUAGGCUAGACCCGUUCUCUUAAUACAUCCAUGGCUAGACCAGAUUUCAUGCAGAUCUGCUGUUUUGCUGUUAGCCACAGAAUAAUGAGAUAGGUACAUUACAUAGCAGUAAUUUAUGAUUUAGCGUAAGGCAUCACAUUUUCACGGCAUGAUCCCUGAUGUCAGUUCUAGAUUAAGGCUGAAGUAGCCUACAAGAACCUGCUAACGAGAGACUUCUGUAAUGUCAAUACAAUAAAAAUGGACCUACAUAACGAAGUUCGUUCACUGCUGGCUACAAGUUAGCAAUCAAUCACAACAAAGGCUGUCACUAGAAUGGCGUUUUGAACUAACAAUCGCAAUCAAACAAUCAUAGAUAGCUAAAACGUUUGCCGGAUCCGGAUCCCUUGGCGUUAUGCCGUAAACCGUUUAAAUCUGAGCAUGUGUAACUCACAUCUGCACUCGACUCACAUCGGGUAGUGACAAUGGUAUCUAUCAUCUUACUUAACUCUUUGCCAUAAAGGAAAUAAGCAAAUUUCCCAAAAUGUCUAACUUUUCUUUAACAACUGGAAGAGUUGUGAUUCUGAUACCAGCCGUUUCAUUCUCAACUGAUUUGCACCUGCAUAGGGCAUCUGAAAUAAAAGCCUGUGGGCACUGCAUUAUUUAUUUA